AUGCUCUCUUCGGUCCUGCUAUGGGCCUUUGCAGCAAGCGGGUUGAUUUCUUUGAGCGUAGCGGAUAGCUCCAAAACUCCAAGCUCCUACAUCAAUUAUACUACAGUCACGGGAUACUUCUUGCAAGAUGAACCCUCGACCAAUGCUAGCACCUUCAAUUUCAUGACCAGAAACUUUGGCCUCAUCAAUCGCACAUACCCAGCCGAUACCACUCUUCAUUCCCACCAUAACCUGACUCAAUGGCAGCGCUUCAAGCACCAAGUUACCCAGCUCAAUCACGAGGCUCCGCCUGGCACCGAGUACAGACUGCUCUAUAUGGGCCGACACGGUGACGGCUACCAUAAUGAUGCGCAGGCCUACUAUGGCACGCCCGCAUGGAACUGCUACUACUCUGAGCUCGACGGAAACAGCACCGUCACUUGGUCCGAUGCUCAUCUAUCUCCACUGGGAGUCAGCCAGGCUCUGGCCGUCAAUGAGUUCUGGGCGUCAGAGAUUCAGGAUCAGAAGAUUCCUACACCUCAGAGCUACUACACAAGCCCUCUAACAAGGUGUCUUCAGACGGCAAAUUACACUUUCAACGGCCUUGAUUUGCCGGCUAGACAUCCUUUCAUACCCCUGGUCAAGGAGUAUUUCCGUGAAGGUAUCAGCGGACAUACCUGCGAUCGACGCAGCAAUGAGACCUACAUCCACGAUAUUUUCCCCAGCUACAGGAUCGAGCCCGGUUUCACUCAAGAUGAUGAGCUAUGGGUAGCUCUCCACGGCGAGACUAGUACAGACCAAGCCGUCAGGUCUAAGAGGGUCCUUGACAGCGUCUUCUCUACAGAUGGCAGUACCUACAUAUCCAUCACGAGUCAUUCGGGCGAGAUUGGCUCCAUAUUGAGUGUCCUCGGUCAUCAGGCCUUCGGAUUGAGUACAGGCGCUGCGAUUCCCGUGCUCGUGAAAGCCCAGACCAUUGGAGGCGCAUCGGCCACGACAGCACUUCAGCCGUAUACUGCGCUGUGUACGUGCACAUCGCCGCCUGCGGUGACCGCCACCACUUCCGUAUGUGCGUACCCGCCGGCCGAAACUUCACCGGGUAUCUAG